AUGAAAACCGCUUUUCGGGGCGCUUUGGCCCUGCUCGCGACCCGUAGCGGAGCGCUGUCACCCUCGCCGCGUAUUCCGUUACCUCCGCAUCGAGCCCGGCGGGCGGGAACCGCCGCCGCGCAUGCGCAGGCGGACGCAGAGCCCCAGACACAGGGUUCUUCAACCCUAACACAGGAAAAUGCCAGCCGCAGAGGAGAGCCGGAAAUCAACAUUCUGUGUGGCAGUCAGCACAAGAGGCCAUGUGAGCAGUCUGCACCUGAAGAACAUGACACAAAACGCAUAAAACAUGAUGAAACGUAUAUAGUGCCCACAGUCAGUGAAGAUCAAUUUUCAUACAUGGGUGACUUUGCAGUUGUUUAUACAGAUGGUUGCUGCUCAGGUAAUGGGCGUAACAGGGCACGUGCUGGAAUAGGUGUCUACUGGGGACCAGGCCACCCUUUAAAUACCAGUGAAAGGCUUCCUGGACGGCAGACUAAUCAAAGAGCUGAAAUACAUGCAGCCUGCAAAGCAAUAGAGCAAGCAAAGAGUCAAAACAUCAAGAAACUAAUUAUCUACACUGAUAGCAAGUUCACUAUUAAUGGUAUCACAAGUUGGGUUGACAACUGGAAAACAAAUGGCUGGAGAACAAGCUCAGGAGGAAGUGUGAUAAAUAAAGAAGAUUUUGAAAGACUUGAUAGUCUAUCAAAAGACAUUGAGAUCCAGUGGAUGCAUAUUCCUGGUCAUGCUGGUUUCCGAGGAAACGAAGAAGCUGAUAGACUGGCAAGAGAAGGAGCGAGUAAACAAAAAUUGUGACAUACUGGGACUAGAAGCUGUUGCAGUCGGAGGAAAGAACUAGCAUCGCAACGACAGGUUGACCUGCUGUAACUGUUUCAGAGUUGAACUUCGAACUGUAUUUCUACAUAGCCUGAGACUUUAAACGUACACCAACU